AUGGCGCUUAUACACAUCACUUUGACCUGCUGUCCAAGCUCUCCCGGGGUGCUCCAUCCACUCGCUCCCCUAAUACUACUAUCAACCGCUUUACCAGCACUCGCUGCCGUCUUUCUGCGCGCUCAAAUGAUGCACGACCGGGCCUGUCUUGUGCCCGUGGUACCCUGCAGCGUGGCUGUGGAUACUUUUCCGCUUGCCUGGAAAAUAAGCUUCCGCAGUAACCACAAUUAG